AUGUCGUGGCUUUUGAAGAAGGUUAUUCACAAUGAGGCGAUGAAAGAGGAUCCGAAGGAGAUAUAUGGAUGGAGAGUCUUCUUGCUUGCCUGUUCGGCUUGUUGCGGAGGAAUGCUCUUUGGUAUGGAUUCUGGUAUCAUCGGUGGUGUACUCACCAUGCCCGAGUUCAAGAGUACCUACGGACUAGAAGACGCCUCCAAAGUCGCCCAGGCCAAUCUAUCAGCCAACAUCGUUUCUACCCUUCAAGCAGGCUGUUUCUUUGGCGCUCUAUUCGCCUCGCCCAUCGCUGAAAAAUGGGGCCGAAAGAAAGCUCUGCUUAGCGCUGCAGUGGUUGCCGUUCUCGGAAUCGUCAUGCAAUGCUCGGCCAGCGGUCACCUCGAAGCCAUGUAUAUCGGACGACUAAUCACCGGCUUUGGAGUCGGUGCCGCAUCAAUGAUAAACCCUCUCUACGUCUCCGAGAACGCACCUCGUGCCAUCCGAGGCGGCCUAACAGGUCUCUACCAGCUCUUCAUCACAAUGGGCAUCAUGCUCGCCUUCUGGAUCAACUACGGAUCUCUCCUGCACAUCACCGGCCCCGCCAUGUACCUCGUCCCACUCGCAAUGCAAGGCCUGCCAGCCGUUCUCCUGUUCUUCGGCAUGCUGAUGUGCAACGAGUCGCCCCGCUGGCUGGCGAGACAGGACAGGUGGGAAGAAGCGCGCGCAACGCUGUGCAAAGUGCGCAAUCUCCCAUCCGGCCACCCAUACCUAGAAGCCGAGUUCCAGGCUAUCGCCACGCAGCUCGAGCAAGAGCGUGCUCUUGUUGGCGGUUCCGGGUUCUGGGACUUGAUGCGAGAGAUGUGGCUGAUCCCAGGUAAUCGCAAGCGAGCGAUCAUCUCCAUCGUCUUAAUGAUUUGCCAGCAGAUGACCGGUACUAAUGCGAUUAACUACUACGCCCCUCAAAUCUUCAAAAACCUCGGUGUUGUCGGCAACGCAACAAACCUAUUCGCAACUGGCGUCUACGGCAUCGUCAAGAUGGUCGCCUGCGGCGUCUUCCUAAUUUUCGUGGCAGACUCCCUCGGCCGCCGCCGCUCCCUCCUCUGGACGUCCAUCGCCCAAGGCCUCGCAAUGCUCUACAUCGGGCUCUACGUGCGCAUCGCGCCGCCCGUCGAAGGCGCCCCUGUCAUCCCAGCCGGAUAUGUGGCGCUUGUAUGCAUCUUCCUCUUUGCGGCUUUCUUCCAGUUCGGAUGGGGCCCUGUUUGCUGGAUUUAUGUUUCUGAGAUCCCGACUGCCAGGCUGCGCUCGCUGAAUGUGGCAUUUGGCGCGGCGACGCAGUGGCUGUUUAAUUUUGUGGUUGCGAGGGCUGUGCCGAAUAUGUUGGCUACUGUUGGUGCUAAUGGUUAUGGAACGUAUAUCAUCUUUGCUUGCUUUUGCUUCUCAAUGUGUAUCUUUGUUUGGUUCUUUAUUCCGGAGACUAAAGGUAUGUCUCUCGAGAAGAUGGAUGAGCUCUUUGGUGUCACCCAGCUUCUUGAUCACAAGAAUGCCGAUGCGGAGCGAGCUUCCAUUAGCGAAGAGGCGGGCAAAACCUCCCAAGCACAUGUUGAGAGGGUGGCAUAG